UAUAUAGUUAGGGCCCAACCCAACCAUAUAUUGAGAGGAGCCUACUACCUAUAGUAUAAAUUCCCUUCUUUCACUCCUCAAAAACCAACUGCCUAAAAUUGAGGCUCUUUCAAACAUUCUUAAUCUACCUACCAACACCUUUCACUUCGUUAUCUGUUUAUCUUUUUAUUGUUAGAUUGUUCAAAAGCCAAAUAUAAAUGGGAGUGGCAACAGACAAGCUAUCAACAUACUGGUGCUGCUCUAACAAUGGCCAGAAUAGCAUCCAAAAUGGCUCGCCAUGGCUUCAAUCAACUCUAGCUGAGCUAGAUGAGAAGACAAAUGAAAUACUCAAGAUAAUUAAUGAAGAUGCAGAUACGUUUGCUCAAAGAGCAGAGAUGUAUUUCAAGAAACGACCACAGCUCGUUAACAUGGUUGAGGGAAUUUAUCGUUCCCAUCGGUUGUUAGCUGAGGGAUGUGAUCAAAUCAAGUGUGCGUCCAGGACGCGCAUUUUGGCAGCAUGGACGUCUGCAUUACCUUUAACAAAAUAUUCAGAGGAGAUACUGAUCAGCUCCAUGGAGAAAUCCUAUGACAGCUAUUCAGAAUCCUUUGACCCCGAGUCCGAGUCUAAUUGUGAUCUAUCAGAGAUCGAGGAUCCUGAUAAUGACGAAGAGGAAAUCCAAAUCCAAAUCCAAUUCGAGAAGGAGAAACCAGAAGCAUCAAGUGGCCUUAGCCUUAAAACUGAUGAGGUACUAAAGUUGAAUGAAGAAAUCGAGCGACUGAAGGAAGAGAGCCGAGUUCAUCAGGAGCUUCUAAUGCAGAAAGAUGAAGAGAAAAAAGAGGCAAUCAGACAGCUUUGCAUAGCUUUGGAUUUGCUGGGAGAGGAAAACAAGAGGCUGAGGAUGAGUGUUGCUAAGGCCUCUCCAAAAAGGGAUUUUUCCAUUGAGCUCAAGGCAUCUAAGAAGGGGUUUCUGAAGAGGCUCUUCACCAGAUCUCAUAAAUACUAAAACCAAUAGUAAUUUCGCUAGCAUGUGAGAAUGACAUACUCAAACAUUAUACUACUACUUCAUUUGCUAUACCUCAAAAAUGAUUCUUGAUAUUCUUUUUAGUAUAGAAAGAAUGAUCAUGUAGAAUAGCGUAUGCCAGUAUCAUUUUGACAACUGAAUUUAUAAUCCCUCAAACAUAGAAUGACAAAGCUUGAAUUUUUUAGA